GCAAUGUUAGUUUUUGAGCGGCCCCUACCAGCAAGGACCUAUUUAUAAUAAAGCAAACACAGUAGAGCCUUUUACCAUCGGGACUUUGAUAAAGAAAUACUAAACUUCUUCUGGAGGAAUAUUGGUGGAAUUCUAUCUAUAUUGGGGGAUUUUAUCAUAUGUGUGUGCUGUUUUCAUCAAGCAGAGGCAGCGAGGUCUUGUCCCACCAUGAAGCUGACAGGAGGGCUCUGUCUGCUCCUGAUGCUCUGGAGCUGCGAGGGCGCCAGGGUGGCAGAGAGCCGAGACGACAACAGUGUGUUCGACCUGUUUGAGCUGGUCAAAGUCCCAAAGAAGAACCACGGGGUCUCCCUAGUGAAGGGAGACGACCCCUACAGUCCUGCCUACAAGAUCCACAACCCCAACCUCAUCCCCGCGCUCCCUGACAACUACCUGAGGAGCAUCAUCGACUCCAUCCACGCCGAGAGAGGCUUCCUCCUCCUGCUCAACUUCAAGCAGUUCAAGCGGACCCGCGGGAGCCUGCUAACCGUGGAGAAGCGCGACGGCUCUGGGCCCGUGUUCGAGAUCGUGUCCAACGGGAAGGCCAACACGCUGGACAUCGUGUUCUCCACCGAGAACAAGCAACAGGUGGUGUCCAUCGAGGACGUGGACCUGGCCACCAACCGCUGGAAGAACAUCACGCUGUUCGUGCAGGAGGACCGGGUCCAGCUGUACGUGGGGUGCGAGGAGGUGAACACGGCGGAGUUGGACGCGUCCAUCCAGACCAUCCUGACGCACGAUACACCUGCCGUGGCGCAGCUGCGGCUCGGCAAAGGAGCGGUGAAGGACACGUUCAUGGGAGUGCUGCAAAACGUGCGCUUUGUGUUCGGAACCACCAUAGACGCAAUCCUGCGCAACAAGGGAUGCCAAAACUCCCUGCCAACCGACACCAUGAUCCUGGAGAAUUACAACGGCUCCUCCGCCAUCCGGACUGAAUACACAGGCCAUAAGACGAAAGACCUGCAGAUGCUGUGUGGUUUCUCCUGCGAGGACCUGGCCAGUAUGUUCAAGGAGCUGAGGAGUCUGGGGGUUGUGGUCAAAGAGCUUCCCAAUGAACUACGACAGCUGACGGUUGAGAACAAGGACAUUAGGAACCGCAUCGACAUCCACAGCGGCGUGUGCAUCCACAACGGCAUCGUGCACAAGAACAGCGAGGAGUGGACCGUGGAUGACUGCACCGAGUGCAAGUGCCAGGACUCUGCAAUAGUCUGCAAAAAGAUCUCCUGCCCGCUCGUCCCCUGUUCCACCGCCACGGUGCCUGAUGGAGAGUGCUGUCCACGCUGUGGAACACCGAGCGACUACGCUGAGGACGGCUGGUCCCCCUGGUCCGAGUGGACCCACUGCUCGGUGUCGUGCGGGCGAGGCGUCCAACAGCGCGGCCGCUCCUGCGACCGCAUCAACAACCACUGCGAGGGCACCUCCGUGCAGACCCGCGACUGCUACCUUGAGGAGUGCGACAAGCGCUUCAAGCAGGACGGCAGUUGGAGCCACUGGUCUCCGUGGUCGUCCUGCUCCGGGACCUGCGGGGGCGGCGUGAUCACCCGCAUCCGCCUCUGCAACUCCCCCAACCCCCAGCUGGGCGGCAAGGACUGUGAGGGCGAGGGCCGUCAAACAGAGAGCUGCCAGCAAACGCCCUGUCCCAUCAAUGGAAACUGGGGGACGUGGUCUCCAUGGGAUACCUGCUCUCUCACCUGCGGAGUUGGUUCCCAGGCCCGUAAACGUCUCUGCAAUGACCCCAUGCCAAAGCACGGUGGCAAGGAAUGCAUUGGCGAUGCCAAGGACACACAGCAGUGCAACAAAAAAGCCUGUCCAAUCGAUGGGUGCCUUUCCAAUCCCUGCUUCGCUGGAGUCAAGUGCACCAGCCUCCUGGAAGGAGGAGCACUGAAUGGCUCCUGGAAGUGUGGAAAAUGUCCCACAGGCUACAGCGGUAACGGCAUUAAGUGCAAGGACAUUGACGAGUGCAAGGAGGUGCCUGACACGUGCUUUGAGUUCAACGGAGUGCACCGCUGCGAGAACACAGACCCCGGCUACAACUGUCUGCCCUGCCCACCGCGCUACUCUGGGACACAGCCUUUCGGCAAAGGCGUGGCAGAGGCAACAGCCAAAAAACAGGUGUGCACACCCCGUAACCCCUGUCUCGACGGAAGUCACGACUGCAACAAGAACGCCCGCUGUAACUACCUGGGACAGUUCGCCGACCCCAUGUUCCGCUGCGACUGCAAGCCCGGAUAUGCAGGCAAUGGCCAUAUUUGCGGCGAGGACACAGAUCUGGAUGGAUGGCCCAAUGCUGACCUGGUGUGUGUGGAAAACGCCACCUAUCACUGCAAAAAGGACAAUUGCCCCAACCUACCCAACUCUGGGCAAGAAGACUACGACAAGGAUGGGACUGGAGAUGCUUGUGACAGCGAUGAUGACAAUGAUAGCAUUCCGGAUGAUAGGGACAAUUGUCCGUUCGUGUACAACCCCCGGCAGUACGACUAUGACCGCGAUGACGUGGGAGACCGCUGUGACAACUGCCCCUACAACAGCAACCCGGACCAGACGGACACCGACGGCAACGGGGAGGGAGACGCCUGCGCCGUGGACAUCGAUGGGGACGGCAUUCUGAACGAGAAGGACAACUGUCCCUCCGUGUACAACGUGGACCAGAGAGACACUGACCUAGAUGGAGUGGGAGAUAUGUGUGAUAACUGCCCUCUGGAACAUAAUCCUGAUCAGGUGGAUUCCGACGACGACCGCGUGGGCGACAAGUGUGACAGUAACCAGGACAUCGAUGAGGACGGACACCAGAACAACCUGGACAACUGCCCCUACAUCCCCAAUGCCAACCAGGCGGACCACGACAAGGACGGCAAGGGAGAUGCCUGUGACCAUGAUGACGACAAUGACGGUAUCCCAGACGAUAAGGACAACUGCAGACUGGCCGCUAACCCCGAUCAGCUGGAUUCUGAUGGUGAUGGCCGUGGGGAUGCUUGCAAAGACGACUUUGACCAAGACAACGUGCCCGACAUCUAUGACGUAUGUCCAGAAAACUUUGACAUCAGUGCGACAGACUUCAGAAAGUUCCAGAUGGUUCCCUUGGACCCCAAAGGCACCUCUCAGAUUGACCCCCACUGGGUGGUUCGCCAUCAGGGCAAAGAGCUGGUCCAGACUGUCAAUUGUGACCCUGGCAUUGCUGUGGGUUAUGAUGAGUUCAACGCGGUGGAUUUCAGCGGUACGUUCUUCAUCAACACGGAGAGGGACGACGACUAUGCUGGCUUUGUGUUUGGCUACCAGUCAAGCUCCAGGUUCUACGUGGUGAUGUGGAAGCAGAUCACGCAGACCUACUGGUCCAGUAAACCCACCAAGGCCCAGGGCUACUCCGGAUUGUCCAUCAAGGUGGUCAACUCAACCACAGGACCAGGAGAGCACCUGAGGAACGCCCUCUGGCACACAGGCAACACCGCUGGACAGGUGAAAACUCUCUGGCACGACUCGAAGAACAUUGGCUGGAAAGACUUCACUGCCUACAGGUGGCAUCUGAUCCAUAGGCCCAGAACAGGAAACAUUAGAGUGGUUAUGUAUGAAGGUAAAAAGAUCAUGGCAGACUCUGGCAGCAUCUAUGACAAGACCUAUGCCGGUGGAAGGCUUGGUCUCUUUGUCUUCUCACAGGAGAUGGUUUACUUCUCGGACCUCAAGUAUGAAUGCAGAGAUGCGUAAAAAGCAUGGUGGAGCGAUCUCAUUGGAAUGCACCUUUCUGUAUAAAGUAUGAACUUGAAUAAUGUUAUUCUAAUUCAAAAACGAGUGGGCCGAUUCAUUUUCCAUAAACCUUCUCUCUUGCGGCAUGUACACACACAGACAGUGCUUGGGGCACUUGGUCAGCCUCAGAGUAACUCGAAGCGGUCUUUCAGACAACGAACCGACUGGCAGAUGGCCAGAUGUUGGUCAGAGGGACGGCUGGUCGCCCAUCCUUCUUUCUUUUCAACCCUGCUGUCCUGGUCUGCUAGAGGGCUCGACCAACACUUUGUCCGUUCCCAGCUCGUCCCUAUCUCAUUCAUCUGUGCGGCAACCGCGCCACACAGACUGUGCUCUUCAAAACCUCCCUUUCUCCAUCUCUCUCCCUCUCUUUACCUCUCUCCCUCUAUCCACCCCUCUCUCAAGCUCUCUGCCCCCCUGCCUAUCGGCUCUGUGCCAUCCUGCCUCACCUCUUGGGGUAGACUUCCCAAAGAUUAGCUGAUAAUUAUCCCCUCUCUUGCACCUGAUCUACUGGGCUUGCCGAUUCGGAAAGACUCGUAGGACAUUCAAACUAAAGUAACAAGCAGUUCCUUUUUCUUUGUGUUUCUGAAUGUUGUGAUCAAUCUAUUUUUUAAAGAAUACAGUUGGGUGUGUGGUUGGAAAGAGAGAGAAAAUGAUAGUAUGUUGUGAAAAUGCCCAUGUGCUGAUUGUAAGAGAGGGAAGGUAGGCACCAGGAGGUCUUAUGUUCGUAUCCAUCUCCCCUCCUUUGCUGGCUUUUUUUGUUUUGACACAGCGUUUGACACUGAAGGCUUGACGUUUUCACCACAUGCUUUGCGCUACUCUAGGACACUUGAAUGGCGGGUGUUUUUCAGCUUCAAGUUGUUCUCAGGGUGAGAUGAGAAAAUGCCCGAUUACAAAUCUAAGCACAAAAAAUGAUUGGAAUAUAUUAAAGAUAGCUGUAUUUUGUAAUAUCAUCAGGCCCCUUCUCCCAAAAUGCCUUUUAAACAAUGGCAAAGUCUCUGAUGGGUGAGAUACAUUUUACUGGAAGUAUUUCUUUGACAUUUUUUAUUGUGUAAAUAAAUGUAAUUUAUUUUUUUUUGCGGCCUACAAUGUAGGCCGCAAAUAAAAUUUGAAUACUUUCGAAAAGUAUACCCUACUCCACCCAUACCCCCCCCCCCCCAAACAGCUACAGUUCAGCAAGUGAUUCAUUAUCCCCUUCUAAAUAAAAUUUGAUCACCCACCACAAACAAAAGAAAGCCUUCAUACCUUUUUUCAUACGCCUUUUGAAAUUAUUGAGAUCCUAUUGCUACUGUAGCAUGAGUUGUAAAUAUGAAAUAUCCCCCUAUUCCUCUUUAAUCCCAUCUCCAGCAAAGACAAACUAACUAAAAACAGAGAUAGUUCACUGGGAGAAGUUAAUAGAUGAUUUCCGCAUUACUUUUUACGUUCAAUGCUCUUUUAAGCAAAUAAAUUAUCGUACCGUUUUGUCCUGGCUGUUCGUGUGAGGUUUGAUUUGUGUGUGUUUGCGUGUGUGUGUGAGAGAUAGAAUGCGUGUGUGAGUGUGUAGAUAAUUGCUAUUUAAAUAAUUUAUCAGGAUGCGUUUCCUGAGAGAGCGCGUCCGUCUGUAUAAACGGUUUGCACACUGAUGUGAGGAUGUUCUGUUCCUCGUCCUUCCUUUUUGUCUAUCAUUGCUACCAUUAUUUUUGUAUAAUUAGUGUUGCUUGUCUGUAUUCAUUUUUAUACGUAGUUGUACAAAAUAAAAGAAAACGAAGUGCUGUUUUUAUCAAUAGCAAUUAUUUUGUUACAUAUACUUAAGUACAAUAAAUAGUUGUCUAAAUUCUG